GUAAGGAGGUUUCUGUACCAUGGCUCUACAAAGCAAACUGCCCGCAAAUCCACCGGGGGUAAAGCUCCAAAGAAGCAACUGGCUACAAAAGCCGCUCGCAAGAGUGCGCCCUCUACCGGAGGGGUGAAGAAACCUCAUCGUUACAGGCCUGGUACUGUGGCACUCCGUGAAAUUAGACAUUAUCAGAAGUCCACUGAACUUCUGAUCCGCAAACUUCCUUUCCAGCGUCUGGUGCGAGAAAUUGCUCAGGACUUCAAAACAGACCUGCGCUUCCAGAGUGCAGCUAUUGGUGCUUUGCAGGAGGCAAGUGAGGCCUAUCUGGUGGGCCUCUUUGAAGACACCAACCUGUGUGCUAUCCAUGCCAAACGUGUCACAAUUAUGCCAAAAGACAUCCAGCUAGCGCGCCGCAUACGUGGAGAACGUGCUUAAGAAUCCACAUGAUGGAAAACAUUUCAUUCUUUAAAAAAAAAAAAAAAAA